GAGCAGAGGCGCAGGACGUCCGUCUCCGCGCGCGGUGACUUCUGCCUGCGCUCAAGCUUCAGAGUUCAGUUUCAAGGAGCCGCCCAACCAUGAAGACACCGUGGAAGGUUCUUCUGGGACUGCUUGGUGUCGCUGCGCUUGUCACCAUCAUCACCGUGCCAGUGGUUCUGCUGAACAAAGAUGAAGCGGCCGCUGAUAGCCGCAGAACUUACACACUAGCUGACUAUUUAAAGAAUACCUUUCGGGUCAAGUCCUACUCCUUGCGGUGGGUUUCAGAUUCUGAAUACCUCUACAAGCAAGAAAACAAUAUCUUGCUAUUCAAUGCUGAACACGGGAACAGCUCCAUUUUCUUGGAGAACAGUACCUUUGAGAUCUUUGGAGAUUCUAUAAGUGAUUAUUCAGUGUCACCCGACAGACUGUUCGUUCUCUUAGAAUACAAUUAUGUGAAGCAAUGGAGACACUCCUACACGGCUUCAUACAGUAUUUAUGACUUGAAUAAAAGACAGCUGAUCACAGAAGAGAAGAUUCCAAAUAAUACACAGUGGAUCACAUGGUCACAAGAAGGUCACAAAUUGGCAUAUGUCUGGAAGAAUGAUAUUUAUGUUAAAAUUGAACCACAUUUGCCUAGUCAUAGGAUCACAUCAACAGGAAAAGAAAAUGUAAUAUUUAACGGAAUAAAUGACUGGGUUUAUGAAGAGGAAAUCUUCGGUGCCUACUCCGCACUGUGGUGGUCUCCAAACGGCACUUUUCUAGCUUAUGCCCAGUUUAACGACACCGGAGUGCCUCUCAUUGAAUACUCCUUCUACUCUGAUGAGUCACUGCAGUACCCCAAGACAGUGUGGAUUCCGUACCCAAAGGCAGGAGCUGUGAAUCCAACUGUAAAGUUCUUUAUUGUAAAUACAGACUCUCUCAGCUCAACUACUACUACGAUUCCCAUGCAAAUCACCGCUCCUGCAUCUGUGACAACAGGGGAUCACUACUUGUGUGACGUGGCCUGGGUUUCAGAAGACAGAAUCUCGUUGCAGUGGCUCAGGAGGAUUCAGAACUAUUCCGUGAUGGCGAUCUGCGACUAUGAUAAGACCAACCUAGUAUGGAACUGUCCAACGACGCAGGAGCAUAUUGAAACGAGUGCCACAGGCUGGGUCGGAAGAUUUAGGCCUGCAGAACCCCACUUCACCUCCGACGGAAGCAGCUUCUAUAAAAUCGUCAGUGACAAAGAUGGCUACAAACACAUCUGCCAGUUCCAGAAAGAUAGGAAACCCGAACAGGACUGUACAUUUAUUACAAAAGGAGCCUGGGAAGUCAUUAGUAUCGAAGCUCUGACCAGCGAUUAUCUGUACUACAUUAGUAAUGAAUAUAAAGAAAUGCCAGGAGGAAGAAAUCUUUAUAAAAUUCAGCUUACUGACCACACAAAUAAGAAGUGCCUUAGUUGUGACCUGAAUCCAGAAAGAUGCCAGUAUUACUCGGUGUCACUUAGUAAAGAGGCAAAGUACUAUCAGCUGGGAUGCCGGGGCCCUGGUCUGCCCCUCUACACUCUGCAUCGCAGCACUGAUCAAAAAGAGCUGAGAGUCCUGGAGGACAAUUCUGCUUUGGAUAAAAUGCUGCAAGAUGUCCAAAUGCCUUCAAAAAAAUUGGACUUCAUUGUUCUGAAUGAAACAAGAUUUUGGUAUCAAAUGAUCUUACCUCCUCAUUUUGAUAAAUCCAAGAAAUACCCUCUACUAAUAGAUGUAUAUGCAGGUCCCUGUAGUCAAAAAGCAGAUGCUGCCUUCAGACUCAACUGGGCCACUUACCUUGCAAGCACAGAAAACAUCAUAGUAGCUAGCUUUGAUGGCAGAGGAAGUGGUUACCAAGGAGAUAAGAUCAUGCAUGCAAUCAACAAAAGACUUGGAACACUGGAAGUUGAAGAUCAAAUUGAAGCAGCCAGGCAAUUUUUAAAAAUGGGAUUUGUGGACAGCAAGCAAGUUGCAAUUUGGGGCUGGUCAUAUGGAGGGUACGUAACCUCAAUGGUCCUGGGAUCGGGAAGUGGCGUGUUCAAGUGUGGAAUAGCCGUGGCGCCCGUGUCACGGUGGGAGUACUAUGACUCAGUAUACACAGAGCGUUACAUGGGUCUCCCAACUCCAGAGGACAACCUUGACCAUUACAGGAACUCAACAGUCAUGAGCAGAGCUGAAAAUUUUAAGCAAGUUGAGUACCUCCUUAUUCACGGUACAGCAGAUGAUAAUGUUCACUUUCAGCAGUCAGCUCAGAUCUCCAAAGCCCUGGUGGAUGCUGGCGUGGAUUUCCAAGCAAUGUGGUACACGGACGAAGACCAUGGGAUCGCCAGCAGCACAGCUCACCAGCACAUCUAUUCCCACAUGAGCCAUUUCCUCCAGCAGUGCUUCUCCUUACGCUAGCAUGGCAAGGCUCUCCGCAGCUUACUCAAGAGCACACUUGUCCUCAUUAUCUCAAAACUGCACUGUUAAGAUGACGAUUUUAAUAAUGUCGCCUCGAGAAAUUCCAGCCUACUUCCCAGUUUUAUACCUGCAAUCCUAACUAAGGAUGCCUGUCUUCAGAACAGAUUAUUACCUUACAGCAAUUUGGAUUUCCCCCUCUGUUUUGUUUAUCAUUUAAAACCAUUUCCACAUCAGCUGCUGAAACAACAAAUAUAAAUUAUUUUUGCAAGAGCUAUGCAUAGAUUUCCUGAGCAGAAUUUCAAUUUUUUUCCCCCUUACUAGGCUGGUCCAAAUCUUGUUCCCUUAUUUAAGGGGGUGGCAAGACGUGGGUAAUGAUGUCAUUAGGCCAGCAACAAGAGAAGCGGGAACAGAGAAUAUGGCUAGAAACCCAGGUCCAAGCAUACAAACCCAACCAGGCUACUGUCAGCUCGCCUCGAGAAGAGCUGCUCACUGCCAGACUGGCACCGUUUUCUGAGAAAGACUAUUCAAACAGUCUCAGGAAAUCAUAUAUGCAAAGCACUGACUUCUAAGUAAAACCACAGCAGUUGAAUAGACUCCAAAGAAAUGCAAGGGACGCUGCCAGCAAUGUAAGGGCCCCAGGUGCCAGUUAUGGCUAUAGGUGCUACAUAAACACAGCAAGGGUGAUGGGAAAGCAUUGUAAAUGUGCUUUUAAAAAAUUACCAAUGUCUCCUAGUGAGAAGAGGCAGCUUGGAACAUAGCGACUUGCCCCGUUAAAAGUUGAAAAUAUUUGUGUCACAAAUUCUAACAUGAAGGAAUACUUGCGUCAGUUCUUCCUACUUCCUUUCUUUGAGCAUUUUCAUUAAAGCAUUUUAACUUCAUUAUCUUUCUAAUGGAAAACUGUAUGAGAAUGUUUUGUGUUAUUAUUUCUAUUCUACACACUGGAAUGUUGCCUGGUCAUUUAGCAAGUAUGCUUCCAUUUUUUCAAAGGUAAUGGGUUAUAUCUUGAAUCAAACUUAAACUGCAUUGACAUAUGGACACAUUUGUUCAAAGGUUCUUGUUUAACUUGUGUGAAAUCCAAGACUGUCUUGUAAACAUGGAAAGAGUUCAACUUUUAAAAAAAAAUUUAGAUACAUAAAACUGUUUAAAGUUAUAUGAUUCAUAAGAGUUUAUCUAAUACCCCCAGAAAUUUCUAUCUCACAUUUAUCACAUAGCUUUGGAGAAAUCAAUCAACAAUAACUUGGUCAUUUACAUACUAUGGAACUCAUAAUAUUAUUUAACUUAGGGGAGCACGUGAGGUUCGUGGCACGAGAUGGAAUGCUAUCAGCAGAGUAGACAUGUUUUUCCAGGGUCUUGUUUUUUGUUUUUGUUUCUGGUCUCUUCCUGUUUGGGCGGAGGGUAAUAUAAUAGAUAAUAUACAUAAUAGAAUACACUCUGAUACCUGACUUAGCCGUGUUUUGACAACUUGGAAACUUGAUUCAAUUAUUUAUAACACAGCUGAAAAUUUAAAAUGGACUCCACACAUUUAAAUGCAGUUUCAGGCCAAUUUUCUAGGUACAAUUACCACAGACAGGUGAGCUACAGCAUAAAUUCCAAACAUGGCAGAAAUGGAAAUUACCUAUAAAUAUAAAUGAGUUUAGAUAUUGAUGAGCCUGAUGCUAUUUCCCGGGCACUCCACUGGUUCCCCUCACCUUAAGGAACUCUCAAGUCCUGCUCUUCCACUGCAAGCACAGCUGGUCCUUAAAUCUACAGGCCUCUGGCUACAGUCCGAAUUUUGAACACAGUUCUGUCACCGUGUGCAGCAGCAGCCAUGUGCAAAGUUCUAGAUCAAGGAACAAAGGUAGCACAUGUUCCUGACAGUGUGGAAACAUAAAUGCGAAUUAAAUAGAAAUUAUCCCUUCUGAAUUCAUUAAUCUAAGGCCCGUUAUAUAAUAAUCAAGGUUUUUAUUAAUAAAUCUUAUAUGAUGUAUCAUAUGUUGAUAGAAUAGCCAAACCAUGAAUUCUUUUUGUUCCUUUCAUUUCUAAAUAGGUUGUUCCUGGAGCCUGAAUUAAUAAAAAGAACACAGCACACAUUUUUCAGGCGAUGAGGGUUUCACAUGGUGAUAAUGUGAAUACAUUCAGUUUUUAUUUGAUUCUCAUAGGUCAAGUUUUACUGUUCGGUAAGAGUUGUAAAUUAGAUUAAAACCCUGAUGCAUAAGUUGUAAACAAACUUAAUUUAAGAGCAAGUUUGAAAAGCACAAGAGCUAAUAACACCACUGAGGCAUAUAGACAAGUCUCUUAUGGGCAUAUGCAGCUCCCUGAAGCGCAUGGAUCAAGCUACCGCCUCAGAGCACACCAGCACCAGGGGCGCAUGCGCUAAAGGAAGAGCUCCCCUCCCCACCCCCCAUGCUUCACGAUCCAUGUUGACUUCAGUCUGUGCCAUUCUGGGCAUCAUAGUUCUCCUUCAGAUUAUUAGCAGUUCCACCUCUUGGCACGUACUACUUUUGCUCUAAGUUGGAGUGAGAGUACUGGUUUAUAAGAUUACUGGAUUUGUACAAUAUUUAAGAUUCAAUAAAUUCUAAGUGAAAAAACAUA